CGUGCUUUUAUUUUGAAGGACAACCUGCAGUUGGAGAGCGUUACGUCACGUGCGGCGCAAGUCCUUCACCCGUCUUGUUGCUGAGGUCAGCCGCAGGAGCGGAUAAGCAACCAGGAAAGGGAGCGGAGCUUGUGGAGGAAACCAGAUAAUCGGCUCCGGUGGAAUGACGGUGAACAUCGACUCGUUGCCAAGUCAUGGAUAAAGUGCUGCCAAAAUGACACAGGAAACCCUGACAAGCUCCCUGCUGUCCAUCAAAGCCGCUGCUCUGCGCAUGGUUGACCUCCCAGUGUCCGUCUACAGCUCCCUGACACAGGUGAGCGUCAGCGCCGGCACCAAGAAGCUGGUGGCGGCCACAACCUUGGGUACCAUCUCACUCCUCUUCCUCGCUCGCCGCUUUAAAAGGAGGAAGGGCAAAAAGAAGGGUCAGUGGGACCAGGCUGCUUUUGAGUUGGUCUCCCCAGCUGCUGCAGAAAACGAUAACACCAGCCAAGACAUCAGUGUCUCCUUCAACUCCAAGAAUGGCAGCUCAGCUGGUUCUGGGCUGGUUCUCACCACCAGAGACUACAGUAAACUAUCCGGGUCUAUGACGAGCCUGGCUUCGGUAAAAAGUGUGAACUCGUCCAGCAGCAGCACCUGUGCAAAUGAAUCCAUCAGUUGGGAAGGAGGGAGGGAUGCUGAUGUGUGCAGCGUGGUCAACUUGUCUGUUACUACACCUGAAAAUCUCUACCUUAUGGGCAUGGAUUUAUUUGAGGAGGCGCUGCAGCACUGGGAGGAGGCGCUGACGUUCAGGAGCAGACAGGGGGACGAAGACACCAUCUGCACUUCUGUCAAAACAGGAGCCGGAGAUGCAAUUGCUGAACAGAGCAUGGAGGACGUCAUCAGCGCAGAGUUUAUCCUCAGGCUGAAGUCUCUGCUGCAGCGGGCUUAUCGCCUGCAGGAGGAGUUUGAGGGAGUGCUAGGGAUGUCGGAGCCUUCGUCCCACAGCAGCAGCCAGGAUCAAAUGGCGGACCUUCUGGCCAGAGAGGACCUGGACGACGUCUGUCUUAGAGACAGCCUCAGCAUCGCUUCAAAUGACUCUUUUGUGUCUGCAGCCGAGAUGUCGGAGCACAGAGAUCUAAGGAGCACUUUUCCUCUGGGACAUCAUCCGUUUUACGAGGAGGCGCUGCAGAUGGCCGAGGAGGGCAAGAUUUCCUGCAGGGUGCUUCGAACUGAAAUACUGGAGUGUCUCGGCGACUUGGACUUCCUGGCUAAGCUGCACUGUGUUCGGCAAGCAUGUGAGCUCAUCUUGAGCGACAGGUCGACUAGAACAUUCCUCGCUGACACUGGGAAGAAAAUCCUGUCUUCAAUAAUAGUCAAAGCUCAGAAAAGUCCAAAAAGAUUUGAAGAAGUGUUUGAGGAGUUGAUUUUCUUUCUGGAGCAAACGGAUCAUUGGGAAGACACAGAGUUGGAACUCGCUUCUAGAGGGGUUAGGCAUUUAAACUUCUAUGACGUUGUUCUGGACUUUAUCCUGAUGGAUUCCUUUGAGGACCUGGAAAAUCCUCCCAUCUCCAUCCAGAACGUGAUCAACAACCACUGGCUUAACAGCUCCUUUAAAGAGACGGCAGUGGCAUCAAGCUGCUGGUCGGUACUGAAGCAGAAGAGACAGCACUUGAAGGUGUCCAACGGCUUCAUCGCCCAUUUCUACACGGUGUGUGAACAGAUCAGCCCAGUCCUGGCAUGGGGCUUCCUGGGCCCAAAGAGCUCUCUGCACGAGUUCUGCUGCUUCUUUAAGGACCAGGUGCUUCACUUCCUGAAGGACGUUUUUGACCUGGAUAAAGUGCGUUACUCCUCAGUGGAGACCCUGGCAGAGGACAUGCUCCAUCUCCUGCACCGGCGUUCUGAGCUGCUGUUGGCCUACCUGGGAGCCGACGCUCUGCGGCCCCUCAGUGGCUGCAGCCCCCUGCAGGUGCAGCUGGUCCCCAGCAAUUUGCUGGAGGCACAAGUACAGUAACCUGCCAAUUGAAUCCACUGACUUCAACCAUCGGACCAAAGAAAGUUCCUUUCCAAACCAUGAAGUGUAAAACAGACUUGCUGUGUGCUUUGUGGGUCUGCCUUCAUCAGUGUCCUCUUUUCUCAGUGCCAUAGUAGUGAAAUAUCACUCAGCAAUUUGUACUUUUAGCCUGGGGUGUUGCGCUUUGUAAAUGAACUUCUAUUUAUUGCAGUUGCGAGCCAUUAAACACUACAGGGAAAGUAUUUGCUCAUCUGUCUGAAUAGAAAGCCAAAAGAAGCAGGGUUUAUUUCAGGUGUUGCAUUGAUCUGCAAGAGCUUCAAACAUGCAGUAGGCGUCAUCUUUAUGUAAUGUGUUCAUCUUCCUGAACACUAGCAAUGCAAUAAUAGAUUUAUAUGCUAUUUAGCACCAUUGUUGCUGUAAACUACUUGAAAAGGGAAAGUUUCCUUCUGACUGAAGAAGCUGACAGUCUGAUAUAAAACUAGUUGGGCUGUGAGCAGCUUGUGCCGGUCCCUUUUUACUGAGCACAAGAAGCCUUACCAUGAAAGCUAUUAUGUCACUAAAUAUCAGCUGAAAAACAUCUUCCUUCUGGGGAAUAUGAUUGACUGCCAUGCAGAGAAAGCUCACGUCAAAGCUUGUGUGUUGGUGUAAAUUUUUUUUUCUCCCUCACAAGUCAGAACCACCAACACCUUUGACUUAAUACAGUCACUCCAGGAUAAAAAGGGAAAACAUCAAUUUUCAAAGUAAUUUGUGAUUAGCAUCUAUUGUAACAUGUUUUAGUCAAUAUUAGCUGUUAAAAAAUAGAUGGUGAAUAUUUAAAAUACAUUGACUGUUGUAAUAUAAUCUAAACACCAUCAAUAUCAAUUGUCACAACUUUAGACUGUUGGUAUCCAAUAUUAAAAUAUUGCCAAUAGAGAGAAAGUUGUCUGCUGUACUUGAUUCUGGCAUGUUCUUUGAGUUGAUCAUUAUCCUCACCAAAACAGUUGGAGAGGAUUCAGGUCUGGGGGAUAAAGAGCCAUAGAAAGCAGCUUUUAACUAUUGAAAAACCUUCUGGUUAAUUCUAGCAGUAAAUUAUGGAAGAGCAUAAGGGCCACUAGGGGGAAUAAAAAAAAAGUCAGAAUUCUGACUUUCUCACAAUUCUGACUUUGAUCCCAGAAUUUAGGAUCUUGAUGUAGAUGGGCACCAUCAAAGAACAGAUGUGGGGGCACUCAGCUUCACUGUCAAAGAUGUGAGUCGUUAGGGAGGGCCAGUAACACAUUGGUGGAAAUUGACGCAAUUACGCAACUUUUUACGUGCCAAGGGAUCCCUGGUGAUGCCAUUUCACUAAUGGAAGAGCAGAAGGUGAUUAAAACAAGAGAGCUAGUUUAGUCUUUAAAACAGACAUGGCUACAGCGUGAUGCUAACAUGUUUGUUAGCUGUUAGAAUUCUGACUUUUUUUCCUCACACUGAAAUGAAAUUAAAUCAGUUAACCUUAUUUUUUCCAAUGAUUAGUAUUUUGCUCUCCAGCAGGGGGCACCAGAUCAUUACAAAAAUAUACUAGAAUAUCAGAAGUAAAUGCUUUAGUUUAAUUAGGGGCCCACAGUAUCACACCUCCACUACUGUAUGUUACAGUGGACCUGAGCUUUCUUUCCGUAGAUUCCUCUGUUCUCUACCAAAGUUAUAUCAGGCUUCUGUUGGUGCUGGCAGAAGAGGAGAGGCUGUCUUCCACUUAAGCUUUGGAUUUUCAUCUUUCUUUUAUUUUGUGUUAAAUACAGGUCACCAUCUGACCUGGUUAGGUAUUUAUAAAAAUUGUGUGCACUAGGAAAACUUUGUUUAUUCGUUUAAAGUUCCUAAGUGAAAGAUAUCCAAGAUGCUUUAGUCGCAUUAUACAAAACAGUUGGCAAAAAUGAUCCCAUCCUUCUGAGUCCUACAGGAACAACAAUUUCACUGAAUCACUGUCCUGAAAAUUAUUCAGAAAAAUUGAAGAUUUUUAAUUUACAAAUUUAACCGAUGAUCUGGUGGUGGGAUAAAAACUAGAUGUAGUUGCAACAUAGUAUUACGAUUCUUGAUCAUUAGAUCAGUAGCUUUGCAGGACUUGGGGCUCACAUUAAUUUCUACAUUAACUUAAAAAAAAUAAAGUUUGUAUACAAGUUAAAACAUGUUUAUUUUAAGGUUAGACCUGUGGCAUAUAUUCACUUCAAAAGGGGAAAAAAAGUGACUGUAAAUGAAGCAAAUAAAAA